AUGGCCGCUCAGCACCAAGCCGGGCAGGCGCCUCACGCCCACGCGUGGGCUGGUCAUGGCCACCACCCCCAGCAGCAGCAGCAUUCACUGCUGCAGCAACAGCAGGCGCUUCAGGCACAGCUGCAGGCGGUUCAGGAGAGGCUUCAGGCGCUGCAGGCCCAGCAGGUGCACCAGGCCAAGCAGCUGCACCACCACGCACAGAUGGAGCACAUAGACUCUCUCCAGCAGCAGCUGCAGGCGGUGCGGGCGCUGCAGGCACAGCACGCCAAGCAGGCUCAGGUGCAGGCCCUUCAGGAGCAGCUGCAGCAGCAGCAGCAGCAGCUGCAAGAGCUGCAGGCAAAGCAGCAGCAACAGCAGCCCCAGCUAUGGCAGCAGCAGCAGCAGCAGCAGCAGCAGCAGCGCCCUGUGGAUCAGCCAGCGGUGAUCCAGCAGCGUUACCCUCACAUCUCGCCAGCAAUCGACGGUGGUGCGGCGCUGUCUGAGCUGCGGUACCUGCUGCUGGGUGAGGUGGACAAGCUCAGGUCACAGGUGCACCUGGUUUCUGACCAGAACCAGGCCUUCGUGAUCAGGAUCAAGCAGCUGGAGUCUCAUAUCGUGGCACAGAAGGAGGCCAUGCGCAGCAUGCAGGCUCAGAUCUUGGCCCUGGUGGAGCAGCAGACGGCGGCGCAGGCGCAGCUCCUGCAGACUCAGAACCGCGGACGCGCACAGGAGCCGCCGGCCCGGGUGCUGCGGUCCGAGAGCCGCGGCCCAGCACACUGCCUGUAG